AUGCAAUAUGAUAAACUAUUUAGAAUGCCUAAACGGAAAAGAUCAGAUCUUGAAAAUUCAUAUAGUAUAAUUGAAGAAAGGAAUAAAAAACUUAUAGAAAUUAAAGAAAAACUCGAGCAUUUAUUGUCAGAUUACUCGUCAAGAUUUUUAAAUUACUAUGAAUCAGAAGAGUUUCAUAAAAAAGUAGUGGUUUUCCCAUUAAAAGCUCCAUUCAGCCAUGAAUUGGCCACGGGGCUGCUUUUUUGGUUCUACCAAGUAAUCUUGGCCUACCAAAUUAAAAUUUUUAAUCAAUUUGGUCUGACCAAGAUUACUUGGUCGGGCCAAAAAAAACAGCCCCGUGUCCAAUUCAUGGUCAAAUAGGGCUUUUUCAUGGGAAAAUCCCAUACUUUCGCUUGAGGAAGAGUUAGAAAAGUUAAAGAUAUUUGGCAAUGAAUUAAAAUAUGUAUGUGAAAUUGAUAGCAAUGUUGCUGCGCAGUGUUUUAACUUGGAAAAUGAAAUAAAUGGAGUUUCUAAUAAAUUUUAUGAAUUUCAUGAGCAAUUGGAUUUUGAUUCAAGGUUCUUAUACUAUUUUAAUUUCAGAGGAACAAAAAAGACUUAUUAUCUUGGCUUGUAUGACAUCAAAGCUCGAAAAUGAAAUAAAAUAAAUAUUGAUUUUGAUAUUGAUACUAACUCCCCUCCAUUAGUGAACAAAAAAUUUUAUUCGCCUUACGUUAAUUAUUUUUUAAAAAAUUAUAUUUAAAUUUUUAUAAAAUUAUUUUUCAAAUAUAAAAAGUAAAAAUUACUUUAAUAGCAAAAUUUAUGUUUUUUAAGCAGGCUGCUGCUUAAAAUUUAAACAGAAUUAAUUAGAAAUUUUAUUAUAAUAAUUAUCACUUUACAUCAAAAAAUUUUUUCAUAAAAAAUUUUUGUUGCCUACGGAAAGGUUUUUUAGGCAAAAAUUAGUGAUUUUACAAUUGUUUUAUUCGCUCAUGGAGGGGUGAGUAAGCAUAGUGAAUCAUGCCUUGCCCAACUUCCCAGCUCUGAGGUCUUUUAUCAUUUCAAUAGUAGAGAUAUGACAUGUAACAGCAGCUACAUUAUUGAUUUAAAAUCUUUUACAGUUAAAAGAUAUUUACCGAAUGCCCAUUUAUUAUAUAAUCCUUCAUGCGUUUAUUAUAAAAAUUAUAUUUAUGUUUUUGGAAAUUGUCCCUCAAAGUAUAAAGCACUUAAAUUUGAUUUACUUAACGAUAAGUGAAUUAAAUUCCCUUCAAUUUUAGAAAAUCAUCAACAAUAUUGCUUAGUCCCCCCUCAGUGAGCGAACAAAAAAAUUUUAUUCGCUCACGGAGAGCUAUAGUAACUUUUUUACAAAAAUCCCAAUUCGUAAAAAUUAAUUUAAAUGUUUUAAAAUGCAAGGUGUUUAAAAUUAAACAGAAUUAGCAGAGAUUUAAUUAUAAUAACUAUCAUUAGCUCACAGUAGAUCACUCUGAGAUAAGGCCCCUGGCUUUAUCACAGAGUAGUCUACUGCUAUAAGAGAAAUAAUAAUAUUUUAAUAAGAAAAUGCCAUAUUUUAUUCGUAAAAUUCUGGAUGGCAUUAUCUCAUGGUUGUUAAUAUUAAAGCAAUAUAUCAUUCUGAGAUAAGGCGCAUUUUUAUUAAUAAAUAAUAAAUGGAAGAACUUCCGAAAAAUUUAAAGAGAAGAAGAGAGAUCACCCAGGCAACCACAAGAGACGGAGAUACACUUUAGAAAAAAAUAAGGAGCUAGUGAUGGAAUUUAAUGAAUUUUGGACUAACAGCUGCUGAAUUUUUGCAAAGAUAAGCAUUAUCUUGAUUAUUUCAGAAAAUGGAUAAGAAAAAAUAAGCAAGAACAACCCAUUAACAGCGCAGAAAAGGACAACUAAAAGAAAGCUUUAGCUGCUUCUUCUGGCUCUAGAUAUUUUUAUUCCUGCUAUGCACUAAAUAUGUUAAUCAUAGAUUAAAGCAUUUUUAGAGGAUUUAAAAAUUGAGAGAAGAAGAUAAAAAAUUCAGACAGAUUUUGUGCCUAGAAUGGUAAAAGCUGCUUUUGAGGGUCUAGAACUAGAGAAAAUCGCAAAAAGCUUCAAAAAAUGCAACCGAACAAGGUAAGAAGAAGGAGAAAAACAUUGCAUUCAAUCAUUGCCCAAGAUUUAAAGAUUUAAAUUUAUAAAAUGUUUUUACUUUAAUUUGAUUUUUUUAAACCACUCUGAGAUAAGGCCACCAGGACCUUAUCUCAAUCACGAAGGGUGAAUUUUUCCUAAAAAAAGAGUUUUUUCAAAUGGUUUUAUUCGCUCAUGGAGAUGGGGAGUUAGAAAAUUUUUAAAAAAUCCUUAUUGCUUGUUGGAAACUGCGAAGGAAGUAUAUUUAAAUAUGACUUUGAAAUUGAAAGUUACUCAACUAUAGAUUUAUAUAUUUCAGCAGCAUGAGGCAGCGUUGGGAUUAUUUCGGCAAAUUCAAGAGCAUAUAUCUUUGAGAGCAAUAGAUUUCUUCAUGAGAGCGAAAUUGAUAACGAAUAUGUUUGGCAAAAGAUUGGAAAAUUCAACUUCAGAUUUUAUAAAAUACCUUUCAAAAAGUACAGGAAUGGCUCUGUUUUUGUCACAAUGUCUUCUGGAAGUGGACUAAAAGGUUAUAGAUUUGACUUAAAAUCUAAAACAUUUAAAAUGACGAAAGAUCUUAAAUAUUAUUAA